AUGGCUCGCACGACCCAAAUACUGCGGGAGAGGAGCAACGGGCUCUCAGGGAAUCGCUUUGAAGAGGCUCAAGAGCCUAGGAACUACAAGGAACACGACGACCCGACUCCGAUCUCCAACUCCAUGUCACAAAUCAGCGAAAAGCCGGAUACCUUCGGCCAACAGUCAUCCGAUCAAACCAACAAGCGAAAGCGAGGAGACAUGCCCCAGAGGCGGGAGCGCUCUAAGCGGUUGCGCCGCACACCAGUGUCGUACGCAGACCCGGAGGACACCGAUGACAGCGCCUUCUACGAGUCAGAUGAGGAUGGAGAAGGAAUUGUAACACGAAAGAUCCAGAAACCGAAGGCAGACCGGCCCCUCCCCAAGCGCAAGAUCUUCCCCUUCCUCUCUCUCCCGCGCGAGCUCCGCGACAUCAUAUACGACUACGCUCUUGGCUGCCCGACCGCAGUCGAAACGACCGAUGAGAUCAAGCAGUCCAACAAGAGCAACCAGACCGAUGAAAACGACGAGACCGAUGGAGACAACCAGACCGACGAGAGCAAUGAGACCAACGAGGCCAACGAAACCAACGACAACUCCACUCCAACCGCCACCACCAGCACCUCCUCCUCCAACGUCGUCCGCAUCGAAGAAAUCUACGUCGGCUUCCGCAAGCGCACGAUCCGCGUCGAGGACCGCCUCGACCUGUCGCGCCGACCAGACGGCACACGCGUACCGUGGCGCGACCACAGCGACGACGACAUCGGCUACUCGGUCGACGAGCUCAAGCCGGCGCCGCUGGCGACGGGCCUGCUGGCCGUGUGCCGGCAGGUGCGCGCCGAGGCGGCGCCCGUCCUGUACGGCGGCACGCGCUUCCGCUUCGCCAACUCCAACGCCCUGCUCACCUUCGUCGCGCGCCUGUCGCGCGGGACGCGCGGGAUGUUGCGCGACGUGCGGCUGCUGGAGUGGUACCGGUACAGGAGCAUGUGCCAGGGGUACGACAAGGCCGCGUUCGAGCUGCUGGCGGACGGUGUGACGGGCGUGAAGGCGAUUCAGUUUCCGGCGGACAGCUGUGCGAGCGACGUCUGUCGUAAUGCUUGGCCGUGGUUGGAGGCGAUUGCGAGGGAGAGGGAAGGGGGGCUUGAGAGCGUGUUGGAGAUGUUGAUGGCGGGGAUCGAGGAGUGGGGAGAUGAGUAUCAGGUUGGAGGGGAAAGGAGAACCUCGUUUGCGGAACAGUUCAUGAGCAAGAUGACCAAGCCGGCCAAGAAGCAGGCUGAACUUGCUGAUUGA